AUGGAUUCGGCGAGCGACCUUUCUGCUCCGCAAGGCUUUUUUCCUGCUACCAAUGUUCGGGGCUCUCCUGAUUUGGCCCAGCCUGACAAGUCGAUGGAUUCCCUUAAGUCCUCUAAGAAGGUCAAGUUGACCAAGCUCAAAGAACCUAAGGACCAUCUUACUCUUCUCCCCUCUAGUGAUCAUCGCUAUGUAUCAGAGUCGGGUAAACUGAUCCAUGAUGAUCGCUACGCUAUGCCCCUGACUGUCGAAGAUGAGCCAAAGCAGCCACGUCAGAAGCCUCUCAAGCCUAGUGCCAAGCCCAAGCCGCGCUCAUGCGACCAGCUCGAGACGGAGGAUGCUUUCCACAACAAACCUAUGAUCAAAAUCCCGGUGCCCGACCACAUUCAAGCGAUGCUGGUUGAUGAUUGGGAAAACAUCACCAAGAACAACCAGCUUGUCCCUCUUCCUCAUAAUAAGCCAGUCACCAAGAUAUUUGAAGACUAUCUUGCGCAUGAGCGUCCACACCGCGAAGAGGGAUCUUCCAGCAUGGACAUAUUGGAAGAAGUCGUCGCAGGCUUCCGUGAGUACUUCGAGAAGGCUCUUAGCAGAAUUUUGCUGUACCGUUUCGAGCGCCAUCAGUACAUGGAUAUCAGGAAGCUCUGGGAGAACACUGAGGCGAACCCAGAAAUCACCAAUGUCUGCGAUGUCUAUGGCGCUGAGCAUCUUGCUCGACUAAUUGUCUCUCUCCCCGAACUGUUGGCGCAGACCAACAUGGACCAGCAGUCCGUGUCCCGUCUUCGAGAGGAGAUAGGAAAGUUCAAUGUCUGGUUAGGACGUAACUGCGAGACAUAUUUUGUCAAUGAGUACGAGACUCCCAGCCAGGAGUAUAUUGACAAAGCUCGUAGCUUUUGA